CCACAUCCCAUUUAUGAUAAAACAAACAACAAAGGCAUAAUUGUCAGUUAAUUUUAUUUUGUUACGCGCUUCGUAAAUUAUAAGCUGAUUUUGAAAAUGCGAUGUGAAUUACCAAUUUUGUUGAAAUGUUGUUUCUGUGUUCCCUUAAGGCUUGGAUUGUUAAUAUGGGCCUACCUUAAACUGAUUUUUAGCUUGUUCAUUGUUAUUGUUUUCUGCAUACAAGCGGAAUACCUGAGAAUGUCUGCCCGUGAUAUACCAAAAGAAGGAAUAGUUUUUUUAGUGAUGAUGAUCAUGUUUGGUUGCAUUAAUUCGAUAUUCCAAACAGUCUUCAUUGUGAGCGCUCAUAAGAAAAACUACAAAAUAAUGCGAAUUUAUUACAUAUAUAACUUCGUCUACAUUUUUCUACCUACAAUACUAUUUAUAAUGUGCUGUAUCAUCAUUUACUCGCACAUGGGAGCUUUUAUGAUACUACUUCUAGCAGCCACGCCAGUUGGUAUUAUUGUGAUUAGCAUUCCUAUAGAAUUUGUUCUCAACAUAUACCUGAUGCUACUAGUGAGGAGUGAAUUUAUAAAGUUGAGAGACAGUGGGCAAUUUCAAUUUUUUAAUCACGAAUCUGAGGCUCGGUGUGUUGCAACUCUACCGGACAAUACCAUCCCACGAGGUGAAUGUUUAGAUUAAUAUGAUCAUUUUUAAUAAAUAAAUUGGAAACCAUAAA